GCACGAGGUAGGGCUUAGCCGGAAUACAGGUGGGGAAACAUAGCCGGCGCGUUAGCAGAUGGGAACAUGACAGACUCUGCGAAUGGACCGACACCAGAGCCGGUGGACGGACUCAAGCGGCCACAGUUCGGUACCCGGUUUCUCACAGACCCGAGGGAGGUGUUUCAGCACAACGCCUGGGAUAAUGUGCAGUGGUCCAAAGAGCAGGAAGAUUCAGCUCAGAGGAAAGUGCAGGAGAACAGCGAGCCUCUUUCAGCAGAGAAACAAGAGGAUUAUGAGAAUAGAGCUAAUGAGUACUGGAACGACUUCUAUGCCAUCCAUGAAAACCGCUUUUUUAAGGACCGCCACUGGCUCUUCACUGAGUUCCCUGAGCUCGGCCCUCAGCGUUCCCAGAGUUCAGGAGAUGGUCCGGCAACAGAUGAAGAGCUGGUGCAGAUCACUGCAGAUCUGGAACUGAAGGGUGAAGAAACUCCUGCACCUGUCACAGAAGAACCAGCGGCGUUUCCUGGGGCCUCAGCCACUUACCGCAUUCUGGAGGUAGGCUGUGGCGUUGGUAAUACAGUCUUCCCAAUUCUCAAGACGAACAAUGAUCCAGGCCUUUUUGUGUACUGCUGCGAUUUCUCCAGCACAGCUAUUGACCUCGUCAGAUCUAAUCUGGAGUACAACCCAUCUCGAUGUCACGCCUUCGUCCACGACCUGAGCGAUGUCACAGCUUCUUAUCCAAUGCCAGAGCAGAGCCUCGAUGUCAUCGUUCUCAUAUUCGUCCUCUCCGCUCUCCACCCUGAAAAGAUGCAAAGCUCUCUCAGUAAACUGGCCAGUUUGCUGAAACCCGGAGGAGUUCUGUUACUGAGGGAUUAUGGACGCUACGACAUGGCCCAGCUUCGAUUUAAAAAAGGAAGGUGCUUAUCUGAAAAUUUCUACGUCAGAGGAGACGGAACGCGAGUCUAUUUUUUCACCCAAGAAGAGCUACAUGAUCUGUUUUUUGGAGCUGGUCUGGAGAAGGUACAGAAUUUAGUGGACCGAAGGCUGCAGGUGAACAGAGGAAAACAACUGACCAUGUACAGAGUCUGGGUGCAGUGUAAAUACCGCAGAAACACAAAGCCUCUACUACCUGAAGCUGAGACAAGAUAGCAAGGAAAUCCACUGGAUUACACAAUGAGCACAGAACUGGAACUCUGACAACCGGCAAAAUAGAUCCAUAAAAUCUAAAGACAAACUUUUGUGGCUGGAAAGUGGAUGGAUAACAUUAAAUCCCAUCAAUCCUUACUGCUCUUAUAUGAUCAUAUGAUUUUAAAUGCUUUUAAACAUUUAUAUAAUAAAAAUAAAUGGUCAUUAUUUUAGUCUAUUUUGUCUAUGGAGAUCAAAAUAAAAAUGGAAUAAUAAAUUGUUAAUGUAAUGUUGCUGGUGGGAAAGUCUGGGUUGUUGCUGAACUCUACUAGAGCACUUCUGAACCACAUGAGUGUUCCAUUUACUCUCCUGGAGGCUCGAAGACUGCAAAAAUAAUUAUCAUGUCCCAGUUAAACCUCCUAUUGUUUUGAAAUUAGCUACACAUUUCCAUGACUGCAGGAAAUAACUUAUUCUGGCACUGCAUAAUUCCAUCUUCUUGUACACAUUUAACAUCAUUGUAGGUAUUGACAACUCUUAACAGCACAGUUUGGGUCAGGGAGUGCAGGUCCAAAUCUUGCUGGAAAAAUGCCCCGAUGUCAUAACGGAGGCAUCGGUUUUGUCUUUAAUUUGUCAAUUGUUUGUCAUUAGGUGAUUAUUGUUAUACAGGUUAAGUGUGUACAUUGAUAUGAAGUAGGUUGUUAUGAAAAGUCCUGAAGAUUAAAGGGGUAAGAAUAUUAAAUUCAACGAAA